AUGUCUAAAGCUUUAGUAAGAAAUACUCAAAAGUGGUCAACUAAACCAAAAUGCAACAACAAAAAAAAAUACUGCAGUAAAGUUAGUAACAAGUGCGACAAAGAAGGAUCAGUUGCUAAUAAUAAGAAGAAACAUGGAAUAGAAGAAACAUGGAAUAGAAGAAACACGACAGUGACAGUAACAAGUCAAAGCACGUUUAUGUGGUUUUGA